UUUUGUCCCUCCCACUUCCGCGGGCACCCAACCGUGCGUCCCCUGCGUGCUGACGUCAGGCGCGUGCCCCUGUCCCGCAGCCGAGGAGGCCCCGCGCAGUGCUGCCAACGCCCCGGCGGAGAAGCUGAGGUCAACAUCUAAUUUGAAAUAUUAAAAGUGGAUACAAAACUAUUUCCGCAAUGCAGACAAUUAAGUGUGUUGUUGUUGGUGAUGGUGCUGUUGGUAAAACAUGUCUCCUGAUAUCCUACACAACAAACAAAUUUCCUUCGGAAUAUGUACCAACUGUUUUUGACAACUAUGCAGUCACAGUUAUGAUUGGUGGAGAGCCAUAUACUCUUGGACUUUUUGAUACUGCAGGGCAAGAGGAUUAUGACAGACUACGACCACUGAGUUAUCCACAAACAGAUGUUUUUUUAGUGUGUUUUUCAGUGGUCUCUCCAUCCUCAUUUGAAAAUGUGAAAGAAAAGUGGGUGCCUGAGAUAACUCAUCACUGUCCAAAGACUCCUUUCUUGCUCGUUGGGACCCAAAUUGAUCUCAGAGAUGACCCCUCUACUAUUGAGAAACUUGCCAAGAACAAACAGAAGCCUAUCACUCCAGAGACUGCUGAAAAGCUGGCAAGGGAUUUGAAGGCUGUCAAGUAUGUGGAGUGCUCCGCCCUCACACAGAAAGGCCUAAAGAAUGUGUUUGAUGAAGCAAUAUUGGCUGCCCUGGAGCCUCCAGAACCCAAGAAGAGCCGCAGGUGUGUGCUGCUAUGAACGCCUCUCCAGAGCCCUUUCUGCACAGCUGGUGUUGUCAUCAUACUAAAAGCAAUGUUUAAAUCAAACUAAAGAUUAAAAAUUAAAAUUCGUUUCUGCAAUAAUGACAAACGCCCUGCACCUACCCACAUGCACUCAUGUGAGACAAGGUCCAUUGGUAUGGUCCCCUUGCCCUCCCAGUAAUAGUUAAUUUUAAAUAAUUGUGUAUUGUCUGAAAAGUGAUGAGUGCUAGUUUUUGUUUCCUUGUUUAAAACAACAACAAAAAUCCCCACAAAUGUUUUGUUUUGUUUAAAAGCAAGGCAUGCUUGUGAUGACUGUAACAGACUAAUUUCGAAUUGUCAGAGCUGCUCCCUGGUGCCAUUUUGGAGAGUAAUCUGGGGCAUCUUAGUGUCUUUUGUUUUUGUUUUGCUUUUUAUUCCCCAACCCUUCUCUCCUUUUGGGGUCUGUGUGGGGUUGUUUCUUAGUCUUGUAUUUUGAAAUUUGUUAACCAGAGGACAGCCCAUGGGGGAGGAGGACAGGUUAUUUCCACAUUCCACCCUCUAGGUCUACUUUAGCAAAUCUGUCCCCACCUGGUGCUCUUAGGAGGGAGUAUAGAAAUGCCUCAUUUAACACCACGCUCCUUCUUGAAAGUUGCCUUUUCUCUCCACCCUUAAGUGGAUCCAGUCUUUGAUGAAACUCAUGAAGGUGGGUGGAAGCUGUCUUGCCCUCUUUCUAGGAUGCACUCUACAUGUGACUGUGACUUUCAAGGGCAUUUGUUUGCCAUUUGCUGAUUUGGGGAGGAGGGAUAAUAUCUAACUAGUUUCAUUGAUAAAUGAAAAAAAAGUAUUGCACCUUUUGAAAUACACCAAAUGGAUUGAGUUCCUAAUUAAAAAAGUUCUUUUGCCCUGUCAGUCAUUUUCUUUAUGCUUAGCAUAGAUUUACAACUCACUGUGUAGUGUUCCUAGAUUCAGCUGAAGACCUGGUACCUCGGGUUCCUUAGGGGAUGGUGCUAGAAGACACAUGGCCACUGAUGAUUGCCAUCUCCUUUCAGGUGAUGAGGUUACAAGCCUGCUUCAUUAAGAAGCUGUGAGCAUGUGGGGUGGGGAGCAUACUUUUAACUAACAUGGGGACCAGUCAGGGCUAUCCCCCCUUUCUUUUUCUUCCAUGCCUAUGAGGAACCCUUGAACAACCGGCUGAAGCUCUCUCAACAAAAAUGGCGAGAGCCUCAUGACUCUUCAUAAGUGUUAAUAGAGACUUUAUCAGAUUAUUUUGUUUGCAGGUUCCAGUUUUUAAAAUGUUUAGGUAAUCUCCUUCCCCAGUCUUGAUCUUGUGGAUUCGUUAGUGCCGAACCAUUGCUUUCUUGUGUCUCAACUCUUUGUAUAUGAAUUCUUUUCAGAUGUAUUAAACAAACAAAACCCUUCACAA